GUUAUGGAGGAUGGGCAGAUAUCUGUGCUAAACUUGAGACCUGCUACUAGCACGCUUAAACAAACGGAGGAAGAGCUAGAAAAGAACGAGGACAGUGAAAUGGAUGGGCCUCAUGAAAAACCCAGAGAGCAGUGUCCCAGGUUGUUUCUGGUGCAUGAGGAUGGCUCAGGCACUGAACUGCUGAGCUCUCAAACUGUAAAGGAGCUGCUCUGCCAGGCGUACUUGGACCCUACCAUAGCACUGUUGAAGGAACAAUUGGCAAACACACAAGAUGAGUUUGGCAUCACUAUCCUAAAGCCCAGCCACCAGAGUGUGUGGUCUCAGUGGUUGCUUAACAAACAGAACCCUGAAAUUACACCUCCCAACCUCAGAAACCGCAGCUGGCAUGACUUCCCCGCAGUAGAAGUAUAG